AUUUUGCUGCUCGGCAUGAAGCGUCUCCAAUGAGCAGGACGCCGCGGCAGCCGCGCGCUGAGUGGCUGCUGCCGCAGGGAGGGACGCACAAAACGCCGCUUCGCCCUCCACACGGCAAACCCAGCUGAACCGUGCACGGCAACAGCAACCCAGCUUUCUCAAAUGGGCCCCAAGAAGAGACGAGUGCAGAAGGAAAGCGACUCGCGAGGAAAUAGGAAAUACAUCGGCGCGCAUGUUGGCAUUCAAGGUGGGAUCUGGAAGGCGGUGGAGUCCUGCACCCAGAUGGGAGGCAGCAGCUUCGGCCUGUUUCUGGGCUCCCAGCGCUCCUGGAAGAGGCCCCCCCUGGACCCCACAGCUGCAGACCGGUUCAGAGAGCUGUGCACCCUGCAGGGCUUCCAUCCCCACCACAUCCUGCCGCAUGGCUCCUACCUGAUGAACUGUGGAUCCCCCAAAGAGGACGUGUUUGAGAAGAGCCAGGCCCUGCUGGUGGACGAGCUGAACCGCUGCAGCCUCCUGGGCCUCAGCCUUUUCAACUUCCAUCCCGGCUCCUCGCUGGGCACCAUCACCACAGAGCAGUGUGUGGAGAAGAUAGCUGGAGCCAUCAACCACGCUCACCGGCAAACACCCCAAGUGGUUACAGUGCUGGAGAACAUGAGCGGUCAGGGCAGCACGGUGGGCGGCAAGUUCAGCGAGCUGAAGGGCAUCAUCGACAGAGUGAGGGAUCAGAGCCGAGUAGGAGUGUGUCUGGAUAUCUGUCACGCCUUCGCAGCGGGUCACGACCUAGCUGCAGAGGGAGGAGUGAAGGCCAUGCUCGAUUUGUUUGAUCAAGAAGUGGGACUCGGAUAUCUCAAAGCCAUGCACCUCAAUGACUCCAAAGGUAAGCUGGGCUGUAACCUUGAUCGACACGAGGACAUCGGUAAAGGCGAGAUUGGAAUCGCAGCUUUUCGUGAUAUCAUGAACGAGCCCCGACUGGACAACAUCCCUCUGAUUCUGGAGACGCCUGGACGGCCAAAAUUUGAAUAUGCUGAGCAGAUCAAACUUCUUCAGUCUUUGGUGAUAGAAAAUAAAUGAUGCUUGCGGGCGAAUUGGUUUUGCCAAUGUCCGAAUGGUUAAAUGUUCAGUACUGUAAAGGUUUUUUCUAAAUAUGGGAAAGUUGAUGGAUAACGUGUUUGAUUGUUACUCACUUUUGUCUUUAAUUGAACCUGAAGCUCAGAUGUUUUUAUCAGGUGUGUAAAAUGUCAUCCUGUCCAGCAGAGGGCAGCAGCGACACACAUACAAGCCUUGACUUUGACCAUUGUUCUUAUAAGUUGUAUUUGUAUGUUGUUUUCUCAAUUGUUUUUGUCAUUUUUUU